UGAGGUGUAUAAUGUGAAUGGGUAUAGCUUGAUGCUGUAACGUUCACUUUCCAAGUCAUCAACUCCUUGUCUCUUCCUCUCUCCCAAAGCAAAACCCACAUUUUAUAAUCAUCUUUUAGUCUAUUUUUUGCCUACUCAAAAGACUUUUAAGAGAGAUAACAAAAGAGAUCUGGUAGAGAGAGAGAGAGAGAGAGAAGGUGAAGAAGAUGUCUGAUUGGGGGCCGGUGUUUGUGGCAGUGGUGCUCUUCAUAUUGCUCACUCCAGGUUUGCUGGUUCAGAUUCCGGGCAAAGGCCGAUUCAUAGAGUUUGGCAACUUCCAGACAAGUGGAGCAUCCAUACUGGUUCAUUCCAUCAUCUACUUUGCUCUCAUGUGCAUCUUCCUAUUAGCUAUUGGGAUUCACAUGUACAUCGGCUCAUACUUCUUCCUCAACGCCACGGUCACACCAUUAGCUUCUUCCUCAAAAUCUUCAGAAAACCACUUCCGGCAAGCUCUACUGACCUUUUCAAACUCGAAACCCACCAACACUUCCUUCCUCUCUCUCACUCAAAUUGGCAAGGAGACAACCCCAUCAGAUCGGCGUGGUUGUUGUGGCGUGGUUUUUGUGGAGAAGUGGUUGCUGCAGCGACAAGAUUGGCGCGGUCAAAAAAUGGCUGACUGGGCCCCUGUACUAAUCGGUGUGGUACUCUUCGUGCUCCUCCAACCGGGUCUUCUCUUUCAGUUACCGGGUCACAACCGACAGUUAGAGUUUGGCAGCAUGAAGACUAAUGGCAAGGCUAUAGCUAUCCACACCCUCAUCUUCUUUGCUAUCUAUGCUAUCCUCAUCUUAGCUCUCCACGUCCACAUCUACACCGGCUAAACCCGGUUGUCUCACUGGCCUUCUCAGGGGGUUUGCUUUUUCUGUUCAAGAUCUGUGUAUGUGUUAUUCUUUUCCUCAGUUAUAUAUUAACAUAAUACUUGGUAAGUUGGUUUAUCAAACAUGUACAAGCACAGAUCUCUUUGAUUUGGAAAUGUAGCUUUUUGCUUGUGUUAA